GGAUUUGCUGGAGGCUUCAGCCCUCUAAACGCUCCCCAGAGAGGACAGUGGGGGGAAAAAGCAGUAUUGGGCUUCUGAAAUAAGAGCCCUCCCUGUAACACAGCUGUGCCUUCACAAAAGUGGACAUUUUGUGCCAGCCCACCCCCUUGCAUCCAGAUCUUUCAGACACGAAUAAAACUUCACAGGAUAGUGCGAGCGGCCAUAGCCUCCACGGACAUGGGGCUUCUGCUGAGAGAUGAUGUUUUUGUUGACUUUUUCAACACGUUUCUGAAUCUUCCCGUUUUUGGCCAGACACCCAUUUACAUCAGUGGCACGGGCCAGUGGGACCUCUGGCCAGAGCUGUCGAGCCACCUGGAUCCCAGCCCCACGGCUUUACUGGCUUGGUUGGAAAAGCACCGGCUGCCUCACUUCUGCAAAUCCAGCCUGUGCCUCCACCUCGUCCUCUGCCAGAAGCUCCUGGGUUUCAUUCGGUCGGGGGAAGCAGCAGAACUCCUGAACUGGCAAAGCGCUGACCAGUGGCUGCUGGAGAAGUGCAUCAGCGGGAGCCAGGGCAUGCGGCACUUCCGAGCCUUUGUCCAAGGAACAGCAGGGGAAGAAUUGACCGACUUCUGGCUCACCACCGAAAGGCUCCUGGGUCUGGAUGAGUCAGAUACGAGUCAGAGGGACCUCUACCUGUCCUUGAUCCACAGGCUGAAAGCCUCUCACCUGCGUGAAGGUUCCAGUGUCAUCACCCUCUGCACGACCAUCGCUGGAUCACUGCCAAAAGCCAAGCACAUCCAGUCCAUCAGCAAUAGAAGAGACAUCCUAAGAAAGAUGCAGGAGCAGGUCCUCUUUACGAUUCAGAGUUACUGGCUCCCUAAAUUCUUCAGCCAUUGCAAGAUGGGAAUAGAAGAAGAGGAAUCAUGCCAGCCUUUGCUGCAGGAAUAUCAGGAGCGUUUAUUACAGGCUGACUGGCAGGAGCCCUCAGGCUUUUUGGAGACCCCCCCCACGAUGCAUAUCAAAAGGAGCCAGCGCUUGUCAGGGCCCUACUGUGGCCAGAAGGCCAAAACAAAGAUCUGGGCUCUGGUCAAGGAGAGAAGAGGCACCCAAGAAAUGAAGAUGCCCCGUUUUCGGGUGAAACCAGAAAGGCAGCCAGGGUCAGCUAGGAGCACAAGGGAACCGCAUCUGGAUAAAGAUGCUUUGGGAUCAAUUCCUCAGCAGUCAGAGCAUCCUGCAAAUGCUGCCUUUAAUGGCAAAGGGGGAGUAACUCCUCCCAGAAGACCUAGUGCAGAGCAGAUCAGUCAUCUGGAAGACCUCUGUGAGGAAAAAAUCCUCUCUAACCUGCCUUCCUCUGCACCUCUUGUCCAGCUGCCCUCCCUGAAAGGAUCGGCCAAGACCUUGAGUUUCCUUCCCUGGGCCCUUAGUGCUGACACCUGUGCCGGACAACCCUUCAGAGACUUCUUGAAGCACCAGGACCGGCCCAUGGAGACUCAUCUCCUGGACCUGUGGCACGACCUGGAGGAAUUUCUGCCCGUGGUGCUGGACUCCAGCAGAGAAAACAACUUCUUCCUCCGUCAUUUGACCGGGGAUAAGAUAUGCAAGUCCUACCUGGAGGAGGACAACAUUGAGAAGCUUCCCUUGGAGACCAGGACUCUCACGGGUUUGUGGAACCAUCUGAUAUUUGGAGAAUUCUCCCCCUGGAUAUUCAGAGCCCAGAAGGAGAUUUGCAAGGUGCUCUGCUGCUUCUAUGAGGAAUUUCUGGCUGCUGAUGAUAGGACGUUCCUCCAGUUUAUGUCUCCAGGUGGUGAUGUCGCAGUGCCUGAGAUGCAAGGCCACACUGCUGACAGGAGUGAAUGUUUCCUCCUGUCCCAGAGGAUAAACCAGACCUUGAAGCUGUGCCAGACCUUGCAUGGCACAAGGAACUUGGAAGGUGUCUCCUCCGAGUACUGGCAAUUACUUGCUUCUCGGGACCUCCGGAAAGGGGGCUCCACUCAGGCAGAGAUGGAACUUCUCCUGUGCAGCCCAGACUUCCAGAAGAUGAUGUCAGAGGAGCUGGCUGUGGAUAGCCCAAGCAAGGAUGAUGAGCUUGUGCAUCUCCUAAGUGCAUUACUUGCUGCUGGACCCGAGGGGAGUGUUGGAGCGAUGAAGCUCCCCACUGCUGCAGUAAAGAAGCGAGCUAAAAGACACAGGGUUAAGCAGCAGCAGCAGGACCGGCAGCAGGAGGAGCAGGAGGAGGAGCAGCUGCAGGAGCUGCUUGCCUUGAGCAAAAAGCCGAAGUCCAGGCGUCGUGUGCAGAGAACCACCACUGUCCGGCGUGAGGCACAGAACAUCAAAACACGGAAACUCAAAGGAGAGAACCUCGAGACAGAGAACCUCGAGACAGAGAACCUUGAGGCAGAAAACCUCGAGGAAGAGAACCUCGAGGAAGAGAGGAUGCAGUGGGCCUGGGAUGCCAUUCGUGAACUCGUCAGGAGCUUCUGCAAGUUCCAGAGGGAGAUGGAAAAUGACGAACGCCGUGUGGAGUUUGAGAACUUUCUCUGUUGGGAACGAAGAAACCAGAGGGAAAACUUGCCUGUGAGCUCAAAGCAGAGCAAGAGGCCCGCGAGUACCUCCCGCAAGGGCAAAGCCCGCCUGGAAAACGUGGUGCUGGUGAAACGCUGCAUAUUUGACAAAGAGGUCAUUGUCGUCAACUUCCUCGUGGACGACCUCCACUUUUACCUGGAGAUGGACAAGUUUUCUCGGCUGGCUGAUGCAGUGGAAGCUCUGGCAGCCUGCAACAUAGUGUCAGAAAGGAAAAUUGCUUUUCUUAAAAAGAAAGUUGCUGUCAUCAACAAGCUCUUCCUAGACUCUGAUAUGCCCCCGAAGCUGCGGGUGAACAUCUCUGAAAAAGAGAGAGAAUUGAUCUGGCGUUUAUCUUCCAAGGGGCCACUGACCCGUGCCAUCUACCACAAGGCCAAGGCCACCAUUGUCCCCAUCCUGAUGUACUUCUGGAAAAGGUUCUGCAUCUGGAAAGUGAUGAGGAGCUUUCGGGUCUAUGAGGACGACAGGAGCUUUCAGGCCUCCAAGAAGGACAUGGUGCCAGUCUCUAAGAAGGACAAGGUGCCGGUCUCUGAGAAGGGCAAGGUGCCGGUCUCUGAGAAGGGCANGGUGCCAGUCUCUGAGAAGGACAAGGUGCCAGUCUCUGAGAAGGACAAGGUGCCGGUCUCUUCGCUUCCUACGAAAACCUCCUCCAAAUUAUCCAAGAUCCGCACUCCCCGUCGGCCAAGGCCCAUUCCCAUUGCUCCAGGUUUUGCUCCAGGGAAAAGCCCUGUCCUUGUCUUCUCGCUCUCAGAAGGCCUCCAGAUCAUGAUGCCAGAGCCCCAGAAGAAAACUGAGCCUUUGGAGGAGCAAGAAGAUGCAGAUAAAAAUCUUGAGAAGAGGCCCUCCCUCAGCAAGUGAGCGGGCAACAAGGAAAGGACAGCCCUCCCUAGAACAACAGCCCUCCCAAAACACCACCCACAGGGAGUGGUGCAGGGUGUGAUCCAUGGAAGCUGAGCAGCCUGGCCACACUGAAUAGUUUGUACUUAAUCAGCAGGAAGACCUAAAAAUAAAGCAACUUCAGCUUACCUGGUAACAGCACAGCAACCUGCACCUCUGCAACCGUGACAGGGAUAUGCCACAGCAUGUGCUUCUAGCCAAGGAGACACCCUCAUCCACACAAAUCUCCUUCCUCACAUGUAUCUGUGAAAUGUAUCUCAGCUCCUCACCUCUCCCCACCUUCCACACAAAUCAAAUACUUCCUGUGCUGGCAAGGCUGAGAGAGCCCACCUGGUUC